UUCUAGUGCAGAUUUUUUACAUUUCAAAUAGACUAACUCGUGUGAAAUUUAAUCUCACAUUUUCGAGGAAAAUUAAGUUGUUUGUAUUCGUUUCCAAACAUAUUGCAAAUUUGCAACGCAAGACAAAGUGCCAGUAAGCUACGUCGCUGAGUAGUAGCAAUUCACACUGGAAAAUAAAUUAGAUGAAGGUGUAUCAUGGAGGUAGAUGUGAACUAAAGUGACCAUAUGUGAAAAUUAGGAAACUUUAAUUACUUUAAUCAAGCUCAACUGAAGUGUUUCCUACAUAUUACAGGUCACCGUCAGUUCAUCAGAAGUUAAGAUGAGUGGAAAAUGCAAAAUUGCCCCAGUAUAAUGUUAUGUGAAAGCAGAAGUGAAUAAAUAUCUGUACGAGUGUUGAAGAAAACGGAAUGCUUUUGGAACGCCGAUCCAGGUGUAUUACUAAGAACGCGAUAACAAUGCACAACCUAGCGUGUACAAUAUGCAGCAUAAUUAUCACAGCUGGAAGUGUUAUAGGCGAGAAUGAUUAUUUUCCUGGUCUACGUAGAACAAAACCCAAUCAAAUUGGACCUUCCCAUUGGGCGUCAUCGAAUGAUGCUAGGGAGGCACCGGAGUUUAUGAAAACAAUAAACGAAAUAAUCGAAGAACGAGCACGUCAGCGGUUUUUAGAGCAUUGGCAAAGACUUCAAUUGAAUAGAAAUAUUCUGCAAAGAACAGAAGCAUCUGGCCCGGCCUUUACAUACCAAUCAUUACCACCGAAGCCUCCCGCAAACCCAAAUGAUCCGAUAGAUUUCGCAGUGGGUCCAAGUGACUCUCGAUUCUAUGAUCGCACAGUGAGCGUUGAUUUGGAAAAUGCAUACAACAGCGACAAUAUCCACUCUGAUAAAAUCUCCAACCGUGAGUUCUUAAAUCGAAACCCCAAUAGGAAUCUCCCACCUUCGCCUCAGGAUAUCAAACCAAAACUCCCCAUUCAUUACAAUGAAAAAUCAUUGGACAACAAAUUGCGCCGUAAGGAGCACAUUUUUGACGAAAAUUUGUUACCACAACGCGUGAAUGGAGUUAUUCAGAGGCCGGUGGACAUGGAUGGAGCUGUAGCGAUGUAUAUAGUAGCUUUGAUUGGUGGAAUCAGCGCUGCCGUCACAGUCGGGCUGAUCUCCGUUGGAAUUGGAUGGUAUACGCUCCAUAAAAAGGCGAAAGCUGCCGCUGAUGUUGACUAUCCGGCUUACGGUGUAACUGGACCCAACAAAGACUCAUCACCAACAGGAGAUAGGAGACUUGCACAGAGUGCUCAGAUGUACCACUACCAGCAUCAAAAGCAGCAAAUAAUUGCAAUGGAGAAUCACAACAAUAUCGAUAAAAAUGGUAUCCAUUCUGACGCUGAGAGCGAGGAUGAUAAUGAGGAAGGAGACUACACCGUCUAUGAAUGCCCUGGAUUGGCACCGACUGGUGAAAUGGAAGUAAAGAAUCCUUUAUUUCUUGAAGACACAACCUUAACUCCUGGAGCUAACCAAAUACCAACAACAACUCCCACGCAGACUAAAAUUACCAUCGAUGAAAGCCACAGUAAUACAGUUGAAGAGCAGAUAAAUUCAAAAAAAUAAUUUCUGUAAUCCAAAACUCAGAAGGCAUUCCUUGCUAUUUCAGAAACUCAACAGUGUUAUCUUUACCAAAAAAAGGUUUUCAUAUAGUACUUAUCUACCGAUGUUCUCACAACAAAUUUCAUUGGACGGCGAAUAUUGUCUAGUUGAUCAUUAUUGAAUCUGGAUUCUAUCGAUUUCUGCUCGUGGUAUCGAUAUUAUCCACAUAACUAGACUCAAACGACUAAUUGUGAAGGGCGCAAACCGAUUCACCGAUGCUUUGAACUUUUGGUUAAAAUUCGACAGUUUGAUAGCUACAGAUUUUAAAAUUUAAAUCCAAAGUCGAGUAUUGACAGAAUGACAGAACAAAAUGGACUUGGUGUCAAUUUUUUUAACUACAGGGACUAAAAUAAUGGAUAAGAAUAGUCACGGCAAGUAGCGGAAUCACUAAAGAGGACAAUAGAGCGAUGUAGCAGAAGUUUAUAGACUUACCCAAGGUUGGAAGUAGUGCGCUGGAUGCGCUUAAGGUGAAACGGGAAACACAAACAAUCAUCAAAUCGUCAUCUUUUCAUCAUUGAAUGCUUAAUUUUUUUCUACAACAAAUAUGACUUUGAAAAAGUAUCACAGGCGCGUGCUUACUCGUAAUCUACAUGCUGAUACUUUUACAGUUACAUCAAACAGCUAAAACCCGAGAUACGCCGCUCCAAAAUUACGAGGUGGAAAUGCUAGAAAGAGACAAAAGAAAGGAAAAAUAACACGGUGUGUAGUGCCUCCCCGAGUCACUUUAACAAUGCGUUAUUUAGUUUGACAGACAAAACUUCGGAAGAUUGUUCGCUUCGACAAGACAGACAAUUCUUUGUCUGUCGCGCGGCAAAAUCCGUAAAAUGAUGUGAUGUAUAGCGCGUAGCGUCAAGAGUUAGUGCGCUUCGGAGCGGUUUAAUCACGGUGGGUACUAUGGGUUGGCUUCACAUGCAUACAGACCCCUAUGAACGCGCCAACGGGUCCGAUUAUUUUCCUCUUGUCUAAAGCCCAUUCCCGUAACACGGUAGAUCACUUUGACGUAUAUAGUGUGUUGCGGUGUAAGAUCUACCAAACAGAGCCCUAGCCUAAUCCAUUUUUCUAGCUAGGGCAAUAAGUUGUGGUAAUUAAGGAUUCAUCGUAUUUAGUCCCCGCUACCAACAGCAGUCUCAGAAAUAAAACAUAAUUAAUAUUACCUUGCAGACAGUUGAAAGACUCGAAUUCCUCUUGUUUGAGGCUAAACUGUAUGCAGCGGAAACAACUUUUCAAGCAAUUAGUUAAAAAACCUCGGUACCCGGUCCUAGGCUGAACUGACUGCUUGAAAAAUCGAAUUAAAUACGUACUAAUUCUUUUUGAACUGGUGAACAAUGGUAGUGAGAGGAACACACGGAAGUUCUUAUUACUGAACAAAUUCUCUUGCUUGAAAUGGUCUUGUAGACAGAGCUAAAUCCCUGGUUUUAAGAGUUUCACUGGUGAUAUUCUAGAAGCAAGACAAGGAUGUGGCUAGGGCUCCGAUGCAUGGCCAAAAACAGUAUUACUGUUCUGUUUUCUCAAGAAAAGAUUGAUUUCCUAUUGAUAAGGGGCGCGCCUUCAAUGGGAUUGCUCUCUAUGAAGGGUCUAAAUAGCGGGACCUUGUCAUUGUGGUCUUGAGAAAACAAAACAACAACUGUAUCGAAACCGAUACUGCAUUGCUUCUCAAUAGCACUGGAGUAAUUCGACA